AGAUUUGGACAGAAUGCAAAAUCCGAACCAUCAAUAAAUAUAGCGUUAUGUGAUUUUAUUUUCUUUCGUAUGAAUUUACGAAGGAGAUAGCAAGUAAUUUUUAAGUAAAGUAGAAACCAUAAAAGGAAAAGGUAGGUCGUCAGUUCGUCGCACAUCAAAAUCAGAUUAACUUGGACAACAGGCGGACGCUCCGAUCCGAUGGAAACAGAAGCUGAAAGACCUCAAGAUCCCCAAAGCGACUCUCAACAGGAUUCAAAGAAGCCCAAUUCCAGCAGUCUCGCGUUCCGCAUAUGGCCGCCGACCCAACGCACGCGUGACGCGGUGAUUGCGCGCCUCGUCGAGACGCUCACUACUCCCUCGGUGCUCUCCAAGCGGUACGGCUCCAUGCCGGCAGACGAGGCUGACUCUACAGCUCGUUCCAUUGAGAACGAGGCGUUUUCUGUUGCUGAUCUCGAGGCCGGCGCUGCUGCUGAGGUUGAUGGAAUCGAGGUUCUCCAGGUCUAUUCCAAGGAGAUCAGCAAACGCAUACUGGAAUCCGUGAAGUCGCGCGCUAGUGCUGUCGGUACUGGUUCGACUACUGGUUUGGAGGACAGUAAAAAUGGUGCGGAAGCCGCGGGAGAGGCGAGUGAGGAUGCUGUCUCUUCUGCUGAGAUGCAGACUUGAUUUCUCUCCGGAGGUUUCAAUUAUAGUUAUGGUAUGUUAGGGUUUCCGUUAUCAUUUAUGUUUUUGGAGGUUCGGAUCUGCUUUUGUACUUAUAAUACUGAUUUAUUACCCAAUAUUAUAGUUAUAUUAUUUUGUGAUCA